UGAACAAGUUUAACACAGAGCUGGAGCAAAGGUGCUGUAAGGCUGGGCUCCAGGAGAGCCCGGUGGGGCUGUCCUGUGAGGAGAGAACCUGGCAUGUCCGCCACGGUCCAGCCUGUGUGGCUGCUUUCCUGGACUGCUGCCAUCUGUCUGAGACCCUGACUCGGGAGGCUCGAGAGGAUCAGCUGCUUCUGGGGACAACACAAACUCAAUGACGCCCCCUCGCUCCCAGCAGCAUCUCCCACUACCCCAUCUCUGUGAACAUGCCGGAUUCCAUCACCACGUGGCAGUUUGUGGCGGUCAGCCUCAAGGCUGGUCAAGGUCUCUGUGUCUCAGACCCCUUUGAGCUGACAGUUAUGAAAUCCUUCUUUGUGGACCUUAAGUUGCCCCACUCCGUGAUCAGGAAUGAGCAGGUGCAGAUCCAAGCCGUGUUGCACAAUUUCAGGAAUCAUCAGGCCAAGGUCCGAGUGGAGUUCCCCCACAGGGAGCCACUGUGCAGCGCAUCAAAGCCAGGAGCACCAUCCCGCCAGGUGGUGGUCAUGCCCCCCACCUCCUCCAAGAUGGUACCCUUUGUUCUUCUCCCUCUGGAGAUAGGCAAAGUGGACGUGGAGGUCAAGGCUGUGGGCUAUGGGAUCCAGGACCACGUGAAGAAGACACUCUUGGUCCGGGCAGGGGGUCAGAUUCAACAAAUGUCCCGUAGUAUCCUCCUGAAUCCCCAAGGUCAGACCCAGACAGAACUGGUGCCAAGACAGGAGUUCUUGAACAUGGUACCUGACACGCAGGCAGAAGUGUUUAUCAGUGUUCAAGGUGACAUCCUUGAUGAGGCGACUGUGGGCAGCCUGACACCCGAAGACAUGCAGCAGCUGCUGUGGGUCCCGAAGGGCUGCCCCGAGCAGACACUGAGCUCCCUGAUGCCUGUCGUCAUCCUGACCCGAUAUUUGGAUGCCACCGGCCAGUGGGGCAAGGUCGGGGUGGAACACAGGGACCAGGUGAUGAAGAAUAUUGUAAGCGGGUACACCCAGAUGCUGACCCACUGGAGUUCAGACGGCACCUACCAUACCUCCAAGGGGAACCCAGGAAGCACCUGGCUUACAAACUAUGUGUUCCGCGUCUUUGCCCUGGCCUACCCUAUGAUGACGACCAGCGUUCUUGACCUGCCCUCUCUCUGUGCCAUGGCCAACUGGCUCAUGAUCAACAGGCAGGCGGAGGACGGGCACUUCCUGGAGAAGGGCCCUGUGGUCAUGACAUCCAUGCAGGGUGGCUACCAAGGCUCCGAGGCGAAUAUAUCCCUCACGGCUCUUGUCGGGAUAGCCCUGGAUGAGGGAAAGGAGCUGUGCAGCCGGGAGAUAUCGAAUUUGAUGACCAGCAUCGAGCGAGCCCGUGGAUUCCUGGAGAGAAAACUCCCGACAUUCAGACAACAUUUGCCAUAGCCACAGUAUCCUACGCGCUGGCCCUCGCCAACAGCCCCCAGGCCAACGACCGCCUGGACAGCUUUGCCAGCCAAG